AUGAGUGCCUCACCGAAUCUGAAAUGCGGCUUGUGUCAUGACUAUCUUGUGAAUGCGGUCACAGUGGCUGGGUGUAUGCACAGUUUCUGCGAAGAAUGUCUCUUGAAGAAUUUAUCGAUAUCAGGUAUCUGUCCCACAAAAGGAUGCAAAAAGAACGUUGAUAAGAAUGGAUAUCAUCGAGAUUCUACUCUACAAAUGCUUGUAUAUAAAUUUAUGCCUCGUAUUUUCUUCGAGAAUGCCGAGAAAGAUGUGGGAAGUGCAGAUUUAGGCGAAAAGAAGGUGCAGAGAGAGCUGAUACAAGCGAGUACUGAGAUCUGCGAUCCGGAAGAAUUACUAUCGAUUUGCUUAGAAUUCGUUCCUGCUCCACCGGCUAUUGUUAAAUCCGAAGACGAUUCUGUCCAUCCAUCUACUUCGACGUCUCAAAAUGAGCCACCGGCUAAGAAAGCCAAGAAGAGUCGCGAACAGCAACGUGAAGUUCAACAGUCAUUUCGACGAUUCUUCCGUUGUGCUGCGAAAGUCCCUAUUCGUACAAUACGUCGCCUACUCGAAACCAAGCUUUUCCUAACAGACCAGUUCGGCGUACACUUCAUAUCUGAUCGUGAUUUCCAGGAUAUUUCUGACGACGUAACUUUGCGGACGCUCGUGCUGGAUGGUGGUUUCGACCGCACACGACCAUUUCGAUUAUUCUUCACGCUCGUUCCGACAGUAAUCGACGACGCGCCUCCAGUCCUUGAUGCGGAAACGAUGCCUUGUCUAAUGCCGGAAGCACCUGUUCACCAAGAAACUCCACCUGCGAUGCAACCACCCGGUCAAAUUCAACCGGUGCAGAUAGUUUCUCCGGUAGUUCCGGCAUUAACCGUCAGCUUAUCGACUGAUAUCUACGGUCAUUCGGCGCCCAUCAUCACACAACAAUGUGCGCCUCGUAAAAGGCGAAAACUAAGUGAUCCAAAGAGAAGUCCCACAGAAAAAUCGCCAACGACUAGCGCUCCACACCCAACGCCUAUCGCGCCCAACAUGCUCGUCGGCCAGUUGCUACGACCGAUGUUCAUCGCUCAGCAACCUUUUUUGCACCGAUCGCCACCGAACAUGCACAUUUCGAUGCCGUUCAGCCAAACUCCUCAGGCGCCGAACGCGAUGGAAUGUGCCCCACUGAGGAAACCUGGAACGUCCUAUGAAAAUGAAAAUGGCGAUAGACCUCCUCGACUUCAAAGAGAAGAUGCAACAUGCAAUACCUUGCAGUUACCUUUAAAACCACCGGCUCCAUGCAAUUCCACACCUCAACAGAAUUCUCAUUAUUCAUCGCUUCCUUCAACGACUGAGAUGUCGAAAUUAUCUCGGCUUGAUCUCACUCAGCACAUGUCACCUUUCCCGGUAUCGACCCCAACUGUUGCUAGUGUAUUGAAAGAACAAAAAGCAACAAACAAAGCAAAAUCAGCACAAGAUGGUAACCCCGUCUCAUCAACCAAAUCGACCAGAACCAAUAAUGCGCCGAAAAACACGCAGAUAAGUCAGAAACCUGAUGGAGAGCCGAGAACGAUACCAAAUUCAGAUCUACCGAUGUCUUCAUCACUGAAGGAUAUUUCACAGAAAAAUAAGGAAUCACCAAAACAUGAAUCAGUGGGAGCGAGUCCUAGCAGGAAACCAUCAAAACCGAAUACGGUUGAAAAUGGGACAUGCAAUAGUUCGCCUUCGAAAUCAAAGCCCACUACAAAGACCCCUCCUUCAGACACUCUCAGGCCUACUCAACCUACAUUACCUCAGCCAGUGAGCGCUGAUGUGCGAACAACUCAGACAUCUUCGGAAACGCCUUCGAGUUUAUCACUGACCGCUUCGCCUUCAACAGCAACCCAUCCGCCGAAGCCCACGUCUUCGAGUGAAUCAAGCGCAUCGAAAGCCGACUCUGUCACUCCACCUGCCCCGAUGGACUUCCGGCGUAUGGCGACGCUAAAUAAGCAGUCACUAGGGCGUACACUGCACGCGGUUCUCACGAGUGGUCGAGCGACAAAUGCGGACGCAGCAUCGAAGAACACAAAUGGCAGCGGAACGUCGAUGGAUGUGAAACCGGUGCCGUUGAAUGGAAAAAUCAACAAAGAUGGUGGUGUUGAUUUGCACUAUCCUAGUUCGAAGUCGUUGUCCACUUGA